CUCUCUCUCACACACACAAACCCACACACAAAAACAUGGUAACUGCUCAAACUACAUAAGACACUCAUCGGUCACUAUUCAACUUUUUUUCGCGAAUCUGUUCUUUGUUCUGAAACCAUUGAGUGAUGAACGACAACGACGAAAUAACUGGUUUCCGAUUGUCUCCUCUGGCCGGCGAAGCUUCUCAGAGUGUCACCGGAGGCAAUUUUCCGGCCGCCGUGAAGAACCACCACAAUCCCAGAAAAAGGCGCACCAAAUUGAUGCGAAUUGAUCAUAACCCAGUUGGAUUGAGUUCAAUCGGCGGUGGUUCGAAGCCCAAGUAUGGAAAAAAACCAGACCCUGGUGCUCCAAAGAUCACCAGACCCUGCAGUGAGUGUGGAAAAAAAUUCUGGUCAUGGAAGGCCCUUUUCGGGCACAUGCGGUGCCACCCGGAGCGUCAGUGGCGGGGAAUUAACCCCCCGCCGAAUUUCAGGCGGCCCAACUCGCCGGAAACCACCAGGGACGACCCUGUUGAAACAGAGAUGUUGACAGAGGAGGAUCAUGAGGUUGCUUCUUGUUUGUUGAUGUUGGCUAAUGGGGGUGGUACUUUUGAGACACCAAGUGGUCCAAGUGUUACUAACACUAUAACUAGUACUGCCAAUUUGGGGAAUUUGGAUUAUGAGACUGGUUUUAGGGAUGCUGCAAUGGGUGGUGAUGGGUACGGAGAUGGGGCUGGGACCGGUGGUUCUUCGGCUCCGAAUUGUCGAUUUGAGUGUUCGAGUUGCAAGAAAGUGUUUGGGUCUCAUCAGGCCUUAGGGGGGCACAGGGCUAGCCACAAGAAUGUGAAGGGUUGUUUCGCGAUAACCCGGUGUGACAGUGAGGAUGUUGAGCACAAUGCUGGGCAUGUUGAUGAGAGGAAUGGGGAAGGGGAGGUGAAGGAAUGUGGGGAGGAGAAGAUGGUGAUGGUUUUAGGGCACAGGUGCAGUAUAUGUCUUAGGGUUUUCCCAAGUGGACAGGCCUUGGGUGGACACAAGAGGUGCCAUUGGGAGAAAGGGGAUGAACCAUCAUCAUCUUUUGCAACAAGGGGGGAGGGUUGUGGUUUGGACCUCAACUUGCCUGCUCCGAUCGAGGACCAUUCGUCGUGCUCUUAUUCUUCAGGACUGGCUUUGGAUUUAAGGUUGGGACUUUGAAGAUAUAAAUGUUGUCUUUUGUUGGAUAUAUUCUAAACUGAUAUAUGUUUUCUAACCUAGGGUUAGUGAUCUUUGUACAAUUAGUAUUUUGACUGGGGAAGGAGGGUUCUUGUUAGCUCCAAAAUUGGGAGAAACAAGAAAUGCUGUUCAUGAACAACUUGGAUAAACACAUAUUUCUCAGUAGUUACUACUCUUAUAUUGAAUAGUUAUAAUGUGAAGCUGGUGAAUAUUGAUGUUCACAUUAUUGUUGUUACCAUAACUUUUCUAUCAUAAAUUUAGCACAUAAUGUUGUGAGGUUUGAAUGCUAUGAUAUCUGUGCAUAAAUACGUCUAUCUGUAUCCGCAUCUGUAUUGUACGUGUUUUCCUCAUGUACUUUUUUUUUUUUUCGGAUAUUCUGUCAGAAUUGAGUCAUUUGGGCAAAAAUCAAGCUCAUGGUUGCUGAUUGACAGAACAUGUAGAA